AUGGAAGACUGCGGUGGACGCCCGAUCUGGGACGUCGAUGACCUGUCAGAAUGCUUCCAGAGAAAGUACCUUGGUUUUAUUUUCCCGAUAGCUGCCUGUGCGAUCUCGCUGUUCUUUGUCCUUGCACACACCCUGCUUUAUCGGAUUGCCGAGUAUCGAAGAAAACAGUAUAAGAGCGUGCCCUCUGAUAUCGUGGACGUACAUACAAAUGGAGCUGAGGAGGUUGGCUACAGAGAUGAUGGAGAUGAGGAGAGUGACUUGAUGCUCAAUAAGGUAAUCAGCCGUACGGCAGAUAUACUGAUUGAGCCUGAUAAGCCGCGGUGGAAGACGCUGGUCAACACCGUCGAAAUACUUGCCUUGGUUGGCCAGGUGGUUACGAACGGUAUUUCCAUUGCAGCUGUUGCCAAUGCCACCGAUUUCCAGAUCUCUGCCAUUGCCCGGUUGGCUUCGUGGACCUAUAUUCUAGCUCUAGCUGUUGGGCGAAUUGCCUCUUCACCAUCUAGAUGCCCAUCCCUACCAAAACUAUGGAACCAUACAGCCUCCCUAUACUCACUGCAAUGGCUCUUCAUCGUCUUACCGUUCCGCUCGAUCUUAAUCCACCAUCCAACGAGCAUUGUUUUGCCACUCUUUGCUACUGAUUUCAGUCUCUCCACUAUACUAUUCCUAAUUGCUUUGACAACUCGCAAGGGCGAAGAGACAAUCCUUGUCCAGCAUGAAGAUGGGCUAACCCCCCCUAAAGAUCAGUUUGCCAGUCUUUUCUCCUUGGCUAGUUUCUCCUGGAUGGAUACUUUCAUUGCUAUGGGGUAUAAGAAAUCUUUGGAAAUCAAAGAUGUCUGGAACCUCAAGCCUGAGGGACAUGCAACUGCGGUUCUGGCCAAUUUCCGCCAGUAUAAGAAGGCUUGCACUAUGGCAUGGAAUCUCCUUGGAUACUUUUCCCGGGAUCUGUUUAUCCAAGGUCUCUGGGCAAUUCUAGCUGGACUUUUCACAUUCCUCCCUACUUGGCUUCUUAAGUUCAUCCUGGAGUAUGUUGAAAACCCCGACGAGGUGCCCGUGAGUGCUGCAUGGCUCUAUGUCAUCCUUAUUUUUGUUUGUGGAGCUGUCAUGGCUGUCGGAGAUGGCCAGUCUCUGUGGCUCGGAAGGGAGCUUAGUGUCAAGCUCAGAGCCAUCAUCGUCGGCGAGCUAUACGCCAAGGCUCUUAGACGUAAAGCUGGUGCGUUCGUUGGAAGUGCUCACAAGGAUGAAGACGAUACCAAGGAUAAACUGAAGGGAUCCAAAAAGGCAAAGAGCAAGGAUAAAGACGACGGCAAGCCAGAGACUGAACGACAGGCAAACCUGGGCAAGAUUAUCAACUUGAUGGCUAUUGACUCGUUCAAAGUCAGCGAAAUUUGUGCAUACCUGCACUUCCUGUGGGCAAGUGUUCCCUCUCAGUUUAUCGUGGCCGUAUACUUCCUUUACCAAGUCAUGGGAGUCAGUUCUCUAGCUGGAGUUGCAAUGACGAUCUUAAUUUCCCCAUUAAACGUUUACAUCGCCAGCAGGUUCCGAGCUGUCCAGUAUCAGAUCCUCGCAGCCACAGAUGCUCGUAUCCACGCUACCAACGAAGUAUUACAAAAUAUUCGAAUUAUUAAAUACUUUGCUUGGGAGCAUCGCUUUGAGGGCAUCAUCGACGAAAAAAGAAGAACUGAGCUAAAGUAUAUACGCUCCCGUUACCUGCUCUGGGCAUGGGCUGUGACCCUUUUCUACGGAACACCACUUGUCACAACUCUCUGCACUUUCUACAUUUUCACCCACAUAGAAAACAAAAAGUUGAUACCGUCAAUCGCGUUCCCAGCCUUGUCUAUGUUUUCCCUUCUUCGUGUGCCCCUAGAUCGACUGGCCGACAUGGCAGCUCACGUUCUGGAAGCCAAAGUUUCCAUUGAUCGUGUUGAAGAAUUUUUGACUGAAGAAGAAACUGAAAAGUACCAACAACUAAAGGACUGCGAUGAUGAAGAACCUAAGAUCUGUCUGGAAAACGCUACUUUGUCCUGGGGAUCUAGCAGGAUGGAUUCUAACAUCUUGGGUAGCACUGCUCCCGCUUUCCGACUGAUUGAUGUUAACGUGAAUUUCCAACUUGGAAAGCUCAAUAUCAUUGCUGGUCCAACUGGAUCGGGAAAAACCUCCUUGCUCAUGGCUCUCUUGGGAGAGAUGAGCUUAAUAAAGGGUUCCGUGUCACUUCCCGGAGCCACCAGCGACAGAGCUGACCUUCGUCCUGACCCAGUGACUUCAUUGACAGAGAGCGUUGCUUACUGUGCUCAGGAAGCCUGGUUGGUUAACAACACUAUAAAAGAGAACAUCAUUUUUGCAUCAAGCUACGAUGAGAAUCGAUACGAAGCUGUGAUCAAGGCCUGCUCUCUGCAACGUGAUCUAGAGAUACUAGAUGCUGGUGACCAAACUCUGGUUGGUGAGAAAGGUAUCAGUCUUUCAGGUGGCCAGAAGCAGCGGAUUUCUCUCGCUAGAGCAAUGUAUAGCAGUGCUCGCCAUUUGCUCCUCGAUGAUUGCCUCAGCGCAGUGGACUCGCAUACUGCUAAACACAUCUUCAACAAUGCUAUUCUUGGUCCGCUCAUGAUGAACCGUACCUGCAUCCUGGUUACGCAUAAUGUCUCGCUCGUCUUACCACAGGCUGAGUACGCCGUCAUACUUAAGAACGGCCGUGUUACCGCUCAGGGAUCUCCCAAGGAUCUCAUUGAGGCUGGUGCUAUUGAAGAUGAUAUUCUCAAAGCAGGCUCUGGUUCCCAUGGACCCUCACAGCUGGCUUCCCGCGUGCCCUCGAAUUUGGAAGAAGUUGUCGCUGCCCAAGCAAAGGACACUACUGCCGCAGGAAUAAAUGGAGCCGCUAGACCUUUGAAGAAGAAGAAAGCAACCGCAGCCUCACCACCAACUAAUGAAGAAAUGAAGGUUACUGGAAGUGUACCAAUGUCCACUAUCUACAUGUACCUUCGUGCCAUGGGUCCGUGGUACUACUGGGCUCUAGCAAUGAUAUUCUUCGUCCUUCAUCAGCUCGCAUCUCUAGCACCAAAUGUAUGGGUCAGACAAUGGGCCAAUGCGUAUGAGAUCAGGAACAAUACUCAGAGCGUAUCAGCUGCUGGGUUCGAUGUGCCCAGCUUGAAUUUUGGGCGCACAGCCGCAACAUCUCUUAUGUCCCAAGCACCGAACGAGUCUCUGCUCUCUAUCGCAAGAAGGAAAUAUGCUGACAUCGACGAGUCGUACUACCUUUGGAUGUACCUUCUGCUUACAAUUGCCUACAUUAUCAUUACUUUCAUUAGAGAGUGGAUUUUCUUCUGGGGGUCUCUUCAUGCAUCCAUGAAAGUCCACGGUUGGCUACUUCGUGCCGUAAUGCGAGCCAAGUUCAAGUUCUUUGAUUCCACGCCUUUAGGCCGCAUUAUGAACCGCUUUUCAAAGGAUAUCCAGUCUAUUGAUCAAGAUGUUGCAGUUACAGCCAUUGGAGUCAUACACUGCGCUGCGGCAAUUGCCAUGAUUGUUAUCCUUAUUUCGGUUAUCACACCACAAUUUCUAAUCGCUGGUGUCUUCAUCACCAUAAUGUACAUUGCUCUCGGAGCCUUCUAUAUUAACACCUCGCGUGAUCUCAAGCGUUUGGAGUCCAUUCAACGAAGUCCGUUGUAUCAGCAGUUCGGCGAGACACUGAAUGGAGUCGUUACAAUUCGAGCCUAUGGUGAUGGUGCACGCUUUAUUUUGGACAACCAUGGUCUUAUCAAUACCUACAACAGACCUUAUAUCUAUCUAUGGGCAGCUAACCGAUGGCUCGCUUUCAGAAUUGACAUUAUCGGUGCACUUGUGUCCUUUUUUGCGGCUGUCUUCCUUAUUUUAAGCGCUAGGAAAGUGGACGCCGGUGCCGCUGGUCUAGCAAUGACUUAUGCCAUUACCUUCUCUGAAAACAUCCUUUGGUUAGUCAGACUCUACUCUGAGAACGAGCAAAAUAUGAACUCGGUUGAGCGUGUGGAGGAAUACAUGAAGGUGGAACAAGAAGCACCAGCUCUAAUAGCUGAAACCAAGCCGGCCGGAGUAUGGCCAAGCAAGGGUGCUGUCAAAUUUGUCGAUUAUUCUACCAGAUACCGUCCAGAUCUCGAUAGAGUGUUGAAGAAUGUGAGCUUCGAGAUCCAACCCGGUCAGCGUGUUGGUAUUGUCGGUAGAACCGGUGCAGGGAAGAGUUCCCUAGCAUUGGCCCUUUUCAGAGGACUCGAGGCAGAAACUGGAAAGAUUCUAAUUGACGAUGUCGAUAUUGGAUUGAUCGGUCUGCGCGAUCUCAGACAAAACAUCACCAUCGUGCCGCAAGAUCCCACUCUUUUCACGGGAACGAUUCGAACCAACCUGGAUCCUUUUGGCUUAUUUACCGAUGAGGAGAUCUUCACCGCUUUACGACAAGUUCAUCUAAUCGGUCCCGCCGGUUCUGAAGAAGUAGAACCGCCGUCAAGUAGCUCCGCAGCCGAAAAUGCCGAACCAGCCCAAUUGCUGCUUGAAGAUGACACCACGCCCAACACUCCUCAAGACUCCAACACCCUAGUUGGUACCGCAAAUGGCAGCACAACCGAUACGGAUUUUGGCGCAGCACACUUACAAGAUAACAAAAACAUCUUCCUAAACCUUGAAUCAGCCAUCACGGAGUCUGGUUCUAAUCUUUCUCAGGGCCAGCGACAACUUCUGUGCUUAGCCAGAGCGCUACUAAAAUCUCCAAAAGUCCUUCUCAUGGAUGAAGCAACUGCUUCAAUUGAUUAUGCCACCGACUCCAAGAUUCAAGAUACUCUUCGUGAAUUAAGGGGUAACAACACCAUAUUGACAAUCGCACAUCGUCUUCAAACUAUCAUCGAUUAUGACAAAGUCCUUGUCCUUGAUCACGGUGAGGUGAAGGAGUACGAUGGCCCAUGGCAGCUGAUUAACCAGGAAGGGGGAAUUUUCAGGAGUAUGUGUGAGAACAGUGGAAAUAUGGAUUCGUUGUUAGAAGCUGCAAAGAAAGCCUGGGAGCAGCACAGAUUGGUGGAUGAUUCCUAG